UGCUGGUCUCUCAAGGCUUCCUAUUUUUGUUCACUUUAGUCUCUCAAAAACUUCAGAGAAAAACUAUAAGUCUCAAAAUGCUUAUAAGCAGGAACAAGCUGACUUUACUACUAGGAAUAAUCUGUUUUCAACAAGGUAAAUCUGCAACUCUUUCACUCCCCAAAGCUCCCAAUUGUGGGCAGAGUCUGGUUAACGUAGAGCCUUGGAAUUACUUUAACAUUUUCAGUCGCAUUCUUGGAGGAAGCCAAGUGGAGAAGGGUUCCUAUCCAUGGCAGGUGUCUCUGAAACAAAGGCAGAAGCAUAUCUGUGGAGGAAGCAUUGUCUCGCCACAGUGGGUGAUCACGGCUGCUCACUGCGUUGCAAAAAGAAACAUUGUGCCAACUUUGAAUGUUACUGCUGGAGAACAUGACUUAAGCCAGACAGAGCCGGGAGAGCAAAGUCUCACUAUUGAAACUGUCAUCAUACAUCCACAUUUCUCCAUGAAGAAACCAAUGGAUUAUGAUAUUGCCCUUUUGAAGAUGGCUGGAGCCUUCCAGUUUGGCCAUUUUGUGGGGCCCAUAUGUCUUCCAGAGCCAUGGGAACAAUUUGAGGCUGGUUUUAUUUGUACAACUGCAGGCUGGGGCCGCUCGACUGAAGAUGGCGUCCUCUCACAAGUCUUGCAGGAAGUGAAUCUGCCUAUUUUGACCCAGGAGGAGUGUGUGGAAGCUCUGUUAAUGCUAAAGAGGCCCAUCAGCGGGAAGACCUUUCUCUGCACAGGCUUUCCUGAUGGAGGGAGAGAUGCGUGUCAGGGAGAUUCAGGAGGUUCACUCAUGUGCCGGAAUAAGAAAGGGGCCUGGACUCUGGCUGGUGUGACUUCCUGGGGUUUGGGCUGUGGUCGAGGCUGGAGAAACAAUGUGAGGAAAAAUGAUCAAGGAUCCCCUGGGAUCUUCACAGACCUUAGUAAAGUGCUUCCCUGGAUCUGCGAACACAUCCAAACUGGUAACUAA